AUGGCACAAAACCAGUCUGGCCGCACGGCUGCAGCACGCGCUCGGCAAACGGCCGCAUACCAGACUGGCCGGUCAGCACAGCACUCCGACUCUCAGGCGGAGGCAGCGUUUCAGCCUGCUGCUGAGUUUCCGCUCGAGGCUGGAGCCACGCUCGCGUUUGCGGAUGGAGGCGCAAACCAGCCUGGUGCUGGAGCAGCGUCUCCGUCUGCUGCUGGAGUCGCGUUCCCUACUGAGGCUGGAGCCCCAUUCCAGCCCGCUGCUGGUCAGGAGUUUCCGCCCGCGGCUGGAGGCACAUUCGAGUCUGAUGCUAAUGCAUUCGAUGCUCUUUUGGACGAGGAGGACGAGUGUGGUGGUUAUAACCAGCCAGUGGACCUCGAGGCGCAGCCAGAGAAAGAACCCGUCAUCCCCGAACCUGGGUAUAUGCACGAGUUGAUGGAAAAUCGUGCGACAGAGUCUGCAUCGCCAACUGUAGACCGUGCGAUGUUUGAGGCUCAGGCCGCGCGGACCCGCCAGUUGGAGCGCGAGCUUAUGCAAGCGAGGAAUGAGAUGAGAGCCAUGCAGCGACAACAUGCACCCUCACAUCAAGGCACUGGUCAACGCGAUGGGCAGCGAUUCGACUGGGAGCUCAACACCGAUGCGGAUGCAGGUGGUUGGAACGACGCAGAAAACAGUGCGGAAGCAAACGGAGGGCUGUCAGGUGGGGCCGGUGCGGCUAACGGAGGGCCGUCAGGUGGUGAUGGUGUGGCUAACGGAGGGCCGUCAGGUGGUGCUGGUGCGGCUAACUUUGGGCGGUCCGUUGGUGCUGGUGCGGCUAACGGAGUGCGAUUUGGGACGACUGGUGCGGCUAACGGAGGGCCGUCAGUUGGUGCUGGUGUGGCUAAUGGAGGGCCGUCAGUUGGUGCUGGUGUGGCUAACGGAGGGCCAUCAGUUGGUGCUGGUGCGGCUAACUUCGGGCCGUCCGUUGGUGCUGGUGCGGCUAACGGAUGGCGUCUUGGGGCGGCUGGUGUGGCUAACGGAGGGCCGUCAGGUGGUGCUGGUGCGGCUAACGGAGGGCGUUUUGGGGCGGCUGGUGCGGCUAACGGCGGGCGUCGUGGGGCGGCUGUGGGAAACUCAGACAACUACGAGCGUCCCAUGGUCUUGGUCGAGCCAAAUCGCCCUGCUAUCAUCGACGCUGUCAACAAUGCGUACUCGAAUGGAGCCACGCUCGACUUGCAUCAACUAACUCGAAUGCAACGGACGUGGGCGCACCGAUAUGCAAUGGCAUUGGCCUCUGUUCCGGCGAAGCACAACGGGUUCACGGUAGGCCACGGUUUCCUCAUUGUCCCGUACAAAGCCUUCCUCUUCUCAUACCAGGCGAUCUCUCCUCCCUUGGCAGGCGCGCUCAGUCCACCCAUACCCCCAAGGCCCGCCUUACCCUCCUCCCGUGGCUUUGAGCCUCUCUCUCCUACCUUGGCAGGCGCGCUAGGUCCACCCAUACCCCCAAGGCCCGCCUUACCCUCCUCCCGUGGUUGUGAGGUGGGGAGCAAUCAGUCACACUGCAGCAGCAAGUCUCUGCCCUUGUGCCUAACCCCCUUCCUCCCAGUAACUUCCUCCUCCACGUAUCUUCUCCCUUUGCAGGCGUGCUCGGUCCACCUGUUCCAACCAGACAUGCCUUACCCUCCUCCCGGGCCUUGCGCCUUCGGCACCGACCGACUGCCCCCACCCUCUUCACCCGCCAAUGCCCACUCUAUCCUCCUGCCCUCUGCUGCCCGCCAAUGCCCACUCUGUCCUCCUGCCCUCUACUGCCCGCCAAUGCCCACUCUGUCCUCUUGA